CGGAUCGGCGCCAUUUGUUCUUCAUUUCUAUCAUCUCUUCAUUAGCGCAUACCUUCCCGACGCCCGGCUGCCUGCGUAAUGCCUUCUGUAUUGCUGAAUAACGAGGAGGAAGCGCUGGUAGCACCUCUGCCUCAUGCACUAAUUGAAUUUCUCGCCAAGGAGCCCAAGAAUACGUUAACUCGUCUGUACCAACGACCGUCUUCAUGCCUUGCAAUAUUUAGGCUUCUUGCGCCUCUGGAACGCCAAAUUGUCAUGAAUCUUUUGUGGCUAGAAUCAGCAAUACCUCCCUCCACCAUGGCCGCAUGGGUAGUCCGUGAACAUAAAAAACUGUAUGAUGACGCUGUGAAAUCCCUUACGGACCUCAACAUCUUGCCCAACUCUGUUGUGAAACUAGCAUUAAACGCAACCUUCAAGACUAGUUUUCGGCAAGCGAUAACAGGCGGAGGCACCAGUGGCAGUUUUGGUGUCCCAGCGGAGAAGGACGAUAAGCGGCAACCCUUUGACGUCGAUUCGCUUGACGGAUAUGCCUUAGAACGCUGGGAGACCAUUCUUCAUUACAUGGUGUCCUCUGGUAGCGGCCAGAACCCUGCUUCGCCAUCACCCGGGGUCCUCUAUUUGUUGCAAAGCAGUGGCCUCAUGGCCUCUCAACAAGGUGCCGCGCUUCGUAUUACAUCGAAGGGCUUCCAGUUCCUCCUUUACCCCCCUCACGCUCAGCUUUGGCACCUAUUACUACAGUACCUAGAAAUGGCUGGUCAACGACACAUGGACCUCGUCGAAGUCUUGAGUUUCUUAUUUAUGUUGUCGACCAUGGAGCUCGGCCGAGAAUACUCGAUUGAGAAUCUUUCCCAGACCCAAAAGGCCAUGCUCGAAGACCUUCGGGACUAUGGCCUCCUGUGGCAGCGUAAGCCUUCAUCUCGGCGCUUCAGCCCCACGCGCCUCGCGACCACCCUAACGUCGUCUUCGCCUCCACUGCCUACGUCUACCGGGACAAGCUCCGGCCCCAAAGAUGGAUUUAUUGUACUUGAGACCAAUUAUCGUGUCUAUGCAUACACAGACAAUCCUUUGCAAACUGCCGUUCUCAAUCUUUUCGUAUCCCUGAAGUACCGUUUUCCUAACCUUGUAGUCGGGUCUAUUACUCGCGAAAGUGUUAAGAAAGCCCUUACGAACGGCAUUUCCGCAGAUCAGAUCAUUAGCUACCUGGUGACACACGCACAUCCCCAGAUGCGCAAAAAUAACCCAUUACUUCCUGUGACCGUACAAGAUCAAAUCCGCUUAUGGGAGCUGGAAAAAAAUAGGCUCAAGUCUCAAGAAGGUUCGCAUGCUUCACUGUUACGAAACGUUGAACAUGCCUUGCCAAACACCUUUGCCAUUAUAGGGUGUUUGUACACAUCUUUCACGUCUCAGGCAGAUUACGAGCUCGUCCUAAAUUACGCUAAGCAGCUCGAUGUCGUGUUAUGGGAGAACGCUGCCAGACGAUGCUUUUUCGGCAGCUUGGAAGGGCACGCCAAUAUCCGUGAAUUCAUCGAAAGAAGAAAGCAGAGCCAGAUGGAUGGCUAAUUUUCUAUCGCUUGCUGUUUAUUUCUAUAUAACAAGAAACCGGUGUUUCGUCGAUACCUGGCCUAGUACGAGUGCCUCAAACCGUUGAAGUUGACCCACGACGUAAAGUUUUGUCCGGUGACAUUCGUGUUUUCACUGUCUCCUGUAUCUAUGCUGAGGUGUUCUUGUAUUGCCUGUCGCCUGUAACUAAAGCUUCACUUUGGAUCUCGCAGCGCGAUCCACUCGUUUAUACCCUAACAGUUCUUUCCCAAAGAAUCGAGCUUACGUAUAAGCGAAAACGUGCAUUUCCGACGUACUCGGCUAGUAAAUUAUUCGAGGUACG